UGUUUCGGAUGCUGAAGAUGUUAUGAUGAAUCAGAGACUGGUUAAAAAGGAUGCUAAAUUUAGUCUGGAAAGUGUUUAAUUUAUAGAAAUUAAUGCAAUGUCUACCAAUAAUCUAAAAUAUUCAAAUAGACGCAAAAAACAUAUUGGAUUUACGCGUUAUCAACACAUGGUUUUGGGUGGAAAUUGGAAAAUGUUUUCCGGUGAAUAGUAUUGAUCUGUUAUAUGUUAAUGACAGUGGUUCUACUUGGGAAAUUUAUGUGGCAUUUUAUUAAGUUUUCUUAUAAACGUUUUAUGAUACAAUGUCAAGGUCCCAGCGGAUGUCACUUCACAGAGACGAACAGUAUGUUGGACCAUAUAAGCUGGAGAAAACACUCGGAAAGGGACAAACAGGUCUUGUGAAGCUUGGUGUUCAUUGUGUGUCAGGAAAACGUGUAGCCAUAAAGAUUGUCAAUAGAGAGAAACUUAGUGAAUCGGUUUUAAUGAAGGUCGAAAGAGAAAUAGCCAUUAUGAAGCUUAUAGAACAUCCACAUGUGCUAGGACUAUUUGACGUAUAUGAAAACAAAAAAUACUUAUAUCUGGUACUAGAACAUGUGUCUGGUGGAGAAUUAUUCGAUUAUCUGGUGAAGAAAGGUCGGCUCACACCAAAAGAGGCACGAAGGUUCUUCAGACAAAUUAUCUCAGCUUUAGACUUCUGUCACAGUCAUAACAUAUGUCACCGUGAUCUCAAACCAGAGAAUUUACUUCUGGAUGACAAAAAUAAUAUACGGGUAGCUGACUUUGGUAUGGCAUCAUUACAAGUGGAAGGAUCCAUGUUAGAAACUAGCUGCGGGUCGCCUCAUUAUGCCUGUCCAGAGGUCAUAAGGGGAGAAAAGUAUGAUGGUAGAAGGGCAGAUGUUUGGAGCUGUGGUGUUAUACUUUAUGCAUUAUUAGUUGGAGCACUUCCUUUUGAUGAUGACAAUCUUAGGCAGCUUUUAGAAAAAGUGAAAAAAGGCGUAUUUCACAUUCCACAUUUUGUUCCGCCUGACUGCCAGAAUUUACUACGAGGGAUGAUAGAAGUAGAUCCAGAGAAACGAUUAACACUAGAAGAUAUUCAUCGACAUCCAUGGGUGAUAGCGGAUUCUCAAGGUCAUAUUGAAUUAGAACAACCAGUGGCACAGAUUGUGCAGACUUCUAUCAUACCAGAUAUACAAGAUUUAGACCCUGAUGUUUUAUCAACUAUGAGUUCUUUACAGUGCUUUAAAGAUAAAGACAAAUUAAUACAGGAAUUACUUAAUUCCAAACACAAUACAGAAAAAGUAGUCUAUUUUCUCCUCCUAGACAGAAAACUCAGGAAUCCCAGCAUUGAAGAUGAAAUUGAUAUCAAAACCAGAUCUGAAUCAGCUGAUCCUCCAAGAAAAAGAAUUGAUGCUGUUCAGUUAAAUGGGCAAAAUGGUCAACCACGAUUAUCCCUAGGAAGUAUUAGUGAAGGCUCACCUACUGCCUCUCGACGAGCUUUAGCUGUUCAAAGAGUUAGAAAAGCCAGUCUGUCAGGUAGUACAAGUAGUUCUCCGGUUACCAGUCCACAAAUGUCUCUCCGUCGUAUUCCCCCACACAGUCCUUCAGCAACGCCACCUGGUUCUCCGAGCAAUGUAGCCAACACACCAUGGAAAUCAAGACUGCAUACGAUCAAAAACAACUUCCUAGGAUCUCCACGAUUUCAUAGACGUAAACUACAAGGUACUCUUAUGAUGAACGGUAAUAUUAUGGAAAUGGAUUACUUAGAAGUGCCUACAGAUGAUGUGUCCUUGACACCUGAGUCAUCACCUGAAAUGACAAAGAAAUCUUGGUUUGGUGCUUUGAUGGGAUCAGACAGAGAAGAAUUCCAUUUUCUAACAGGGCAAGAUAAAACCAUAAGUCAAGUUAAAGCUGACCUCAUUCAUGCAUUCCUAUCAACUUCCGAUUUAAGUCACAGUGUUGUGUCCACAUCAACCUUCAGAGCAGAGUAUCGUAGAACCAGUAAUACAUCUAUGUUUUCUCGUAGUGUACGGUUCCAAGUGGACAUAACUCCAGCUCAUACAACAGGGGUUACUACAGGAACCAUGUAUUGUUUGACCUUCUCACUUAUAUCAGGACCAUCACGUAGAUUUAGACGAGUUUGUGAACAUUUACAAAAUUUAAUGUUAGGUCCAAGAGGUGAUGCUUUAAACCAGAGAAAAGUCAGUACAGAUAGUACAUCAUCUUAUUCAUCAGAAACAGGACUUUCUCCAACACACAGCUGUUCAGCAAGGGAUAAUGGGGAUGAAGAGGUAUUUGAGAAGUUACGAGUUUCUAAAACUCCCACACCAGUCCGAAGGGAAGUACCCCGUGUGAUAACUAAUGGGAAAAAAGUAUUAGUCGAUCAUCAUUAUCGUAAAGAUAAAGUAUGACGAAGAAUAUGCAUAUGUGUUGAAGCCAAAAUGAUGGAGUACAUGGUUGUGUGUAAGACAGGGAUCAUUACAUUACGUUAUCAUAUUCAUCCAAAUAUUGUAAACAGGACCAAUCGUAUAUUUGGUUUAUCUAUCUUUGCACACUGAUAGUCAUCAGUGAAAAGUCAUUUAAAUCUAAAUUACACAUAGCAUAUUUCAGCUCAUAAGCUCAUAUUUACACAGACUCUUAUUAUCUAAAAAUUCAGAAUUUAAAAUGGAUAUUUUGCCUCUCCUGUAAUAAUUAUCACUGAAGAUGAGACAUAUGCAUGCUGAUCUAGUGGGAACAAGGUAAACCUUCUAUAUAAUGAUAUAGAAUUUAAAUAAAAGGGCUGACUGAUUAUAAAAAAAACCAACAUUAUACUGCAGCUAGCACAUUUCCUGUUGUCUUUCUUUAUUAACCAAAAAUAUUCAAGUGAUAAUUCUUGCAAUGUCGAUUUUUUUUACAUCAAUUUUUUAUCAUCUUCCAUAUUAAACUUUUUAAAAAAUCAUUUUCUCCGAAACCACUAAACAAAUUUCAACCCAAUUUGACUCGAAUGAUCUUAAAGUUAUCUAGUAUAAAAUUUUUGUUUUAUGUCCCCACCAAUAGGCCACCAUAUAAUAGAUAGAGAAAAUCUGAUGGAGUAAAAAUGUUUUCUUUAGAAACCAUCGCACUAGGGGUCAGUUAUUUCAAAAUUAUAUUGGUCAAUAUUCUCAUACAUCUUAUCGCUAUUUAGUCCAGUCCAGAAAAAUUGUCACUUAUACAACUUUCUGGUUGGGUCUUGUGUCUCAAUAACAAAGGUCACCAGUAAUGAGCUGAAUGAGAAAAAAGCUAAGAGAGUGAACAUUGUGAAAUUUUAAUGGUCUAUGAUCCAAUUUUUUUCAAUACACAAAUUAAGGUCAAAAAAUGAUUUGUUUGAAGUGUGUAUGAUGGGUUAAAUAUGUCUCUUUGAAAAGCUUUAUGAACAAUACAUUGUUUAAACAGGGCCCCAGAUAGCUUCUACUGGUUUGAGAAGUUCUGGAAAGCUUUAUAAACAAUAAUUUGUUUAAACAGGGCCCCAGAUUAGCUUCUACUGGUUUGAGAAGUCAUGAAAAAGUUGUGUAAUUUCAGAACUUAUCCCUAUUUGAAUGAAUAGCGAUAAGAUAUAUUGUCAGGCCAGUUUAUAUGGACAGAUUAUUUUAAUAUAUACCUUUAAGUUGAGGAAAAUUUACUAUUAUAAAUUGCUUAUUUGAACAAGAAAUGCUGUAAAAUGAGAGUGAAGUAUCAAGAAAUAUGUUGUUUUUUCUCUUGAUAUAUGGAAUUUUCUGACCUAAUGUAAUGUAAUUUAAACAUGGAUUUUUAAAGAUGUCUUUUUGUACAAUUUAUAAUGCAUUGGUACAAAUCUUUGCUGAUUGUUAACUUUACUUGCAGAGAUUUAAAGAAUUCAUUUAGCCUGAAUUUUUAUAUAUUUUUUUCUGCAGUGCAGAAGGCUAUUUUAUUCUGUUUUAAAUUGUGAGUAGUUUGCUCUUAAAAGUGAAAAUGUCUGCAUCACCUUAUGUUAUUUUGCUGUUAUUAAAUAAAACAUAGGAGCUAGGUUAAAAGUGUAUAUGACAUAACUAAUCAGUAAUACAAAGAAUAUCUAGAAGUGCAAUGAAAGGUUCUCACAAGCAAACUUGUAUUUUUUUCAACAGGCAGUAAGCCUCUUGAUAAAUAUUGCUGUCAAAAAUCCUUACAAGUUAGCUUUGGUAGUUCCAGAUGACUGUUUUGUGAGUCAUAAUUUAAUUCAGUAUCUGUUUUGACAAAACCUUUGUGAUGUCCUCUUUAUGUUAUAUGGGUAACCAUGAGUUGUGAUUAUAUAAUACUGCAUUUUGGUUAACUGACCAUUUACAUCGUUCCAUAAAAAUCAUGUCUUGUUGAUGACUGCAAGAUGGAGAGAAAAAUAAUAUUUGUUAAACCUUAAUUACAUAAAACCAGUGAUAAUCAAAUAAAACAGUCCAAAGUAGGUCAUUUCGAUGAAUCAUUUUGUACAUUUCAUUUACACUGUGUAGCAUCACCACCAGUUAGAGGUUCCCCCCAAGUGGUCAAAUUCAUCUUAAUUUCAUUAUAUUCUACCUUUUGCUGUCAAGUAAAGUUUUGUGAUAGUGAUUCCUAAUAAUAUAGCUACUAUUAAGGGCUGAUUACUAUCCUUAAUUGGCUUUCUAUCUCUUCAAAUCAUCAGAAUUGGAUAGGGGGUACCUGUUCAACAAAGCAUGUGACGAGCUCAAACUUGUUAAAAACACUUUUAUCCUUCAACUAUUCAUUUGAAGUUUUCGUAGAACAAAGGUAUAUCAUAUUUAAGCUUGAACAACACUGUAUUUCUAAAUAAACUAUUGUUUACACAGAGAAAUUCAUGUUAAAGAAGUGGAUAAAUUGUAUGGCGAAUAGUUGUUUACUGUAUGGGGAUUAAAAUAGAAACUUUUUGCUAUCAUUGUUUCCUUGCUUCGAGGGUACCUUUAUUCGAUGGUGAUGCUACACAGUGUUUUAUCAUUUUUUGCUGAAAUUACACCAUUUAAUAUAAUGAAAAUCACACUUAUCAUAGUUAAUGAAUUAUGAUAUUGUGGUAAUUGAUUUAUUUUACUUAAAUAAGUGAUCACUGAUCAAGCAAUGUUUUAAUAGGGUUUGGUUACAUGAGUGUAAUUGUUUUAUAAGUAAAAUUAAUUGAUGAGAUUAAUAAUUGAUGAUUGGGCUGAUUGAAUACAAAACCUUCAAAUAUAACAUUGGUACCGUGAAAAUAAUUUUCUGUGGUGUUCUUUCUGUUUAGAAUAUUGUUAUGACAUACAUAAUAAGAAAGUAUUUACAUGUUAGAGCUAAUUUCCUUAUGCUUGUAGAAUAUGACUUUGGUUAGCUUGCUUGCUUUGUUUGUAUAAAUGUUUGCUCAAUCAUUGUAAUUAAGAUUGACAACUGCAAACAAUAUAAAUAGGCAGAGUUAAACCUGUAUACAUUAUACUUAAAUCUAGCUUAUUAAAUAUGUUUACAUGUACAGUGGGUGUUAUAACCUCCACGAUAACAUCCAAUCAAAUUUAAGCAUAAUGUAUACAGGUUUAACUAGGCCUAUUUAAAUUGUUUGCAGAUGUCAAUCUUAAUUACAAUGCUUGAGCGAACGUUUAUACAACAAACAAACAAGCAAGCCAAACAAAGUCUUACUCUUCAAGCAUUAGGAAAUUAGCUCUAGAAAGCCUGACUGAUUGGAUUCUAUCACUUCUUUUAUUUUUUAAUUUCAAUUUUAUUAAAAGACAAAUGAGGAGUUAUGAUUUGGCCCAUGAAAUUGUAAAAAUUGGAAACUUAUUCAAUUCUUUCAAAAUUAUGUUUAUUUUAUUGAUAAAUGGAGAGGUUAAUAUAACAUGGACACUUUAGUGCUGAAAAGUCACUUGUGAUAUCACUCUGAUUUCAUAAACGUUGAAAUUUACAUAUGGUUGACCUAAAAUGGUAAUUUCAUGAUUAGUUUAUGGUAAAAAUAUAUUAGAACAGCAGCUUUACCCAAAAAGAUAUUUGACACAUUUUAAGAUCUUUGUAUAAUACAUUUUGUAGCAAAAUAUCUUGUUGGGUAAAGCUGUUGCUUAUUAGUCCCCUCCUGACGAAGUCGAAGGGGACUUUAGGUUUGCACUCCGUCCGUCUGUCUGUCUGACCAUCUGUCUGUCCGUCCUUCUGUCAGUCCGGCAAAUCAGUUUUCCACACUUUUUUUCUUCAUGCUUGAAGAUAUUGAUUUGAUAUUUGGUAUGUUGUUUUAUCAUGAAAAGUUACAGAUCAAGUUCGAAUUUUGUUUCGGUUUGAUAAUUUUGUGCAGAGUUAUGGUCCUUGGACUUGGAAAAUUCACUCAAAUAUUCAGUUUUCCGCAUUUUUUUUCGUCAUUCUUGAAGAUAUUGAUUUAAUAAUUGGUACAUUGUUUUAUCAUGACAAGUUACAGACAAAUUUUGAAUUUUGUUUCGGUUUGAUGAUUUUUUGCAGAGUUAUGGUCCUUGGACUUAGAAAAUUCACUUAAAUUAUCAGUUUUCCACACUUUUUUUCGUCAUGCUUGAUGAUAUUGACUUGAUAUUUGUUAUAUAGUUUACACCAUGACAAGUUAUAGAUCAAGUUAGCAUUUUGUUCCAGUACAAUUAAUUUUUAACUGGUAGGGGACUAUGUAUUGCCAUAUGCAAUACUCUCAGAAUGCUUGUAUUUAAAUAUUAAUGACAAGAUCUCAAAAUGAGGCUAUUUUGGCAGUUUUUGCUGUUUUGCACUUGAUAUAAGAAGUUUGAAGCCAUAAUGCCAGUAUGUAAGACAAAAUUCAAAAAUAUAAAUACUGAUGUCUGACAGACGUGUUAUAAACAAUUCAAGGAUGUUAUUUGAUAGAUUAUUAUACUUUUUGAUUUUUAAAUUUAAGGGGUAAAAAAAAAUGGCCUUAUCAUACCUCCUUCUUUGCUGAUGAGCAUAAAAAGUGCCUCAAACUUGCUUAUUGGCGUCCACUGAUUUGCUUUAAACUCUCAAGUUACACUUUUUCUAUAAGAUUUAUUCAUAAUGGUUAAAAGAGAAACUAUAAAUGAAAAAUUAUAGUGAUUAUUUUUUUUUAAUUUUCAUUAGAAAAAAUUAAAUCAGAAGAAAUAAAAUCCAGAUUUGUGAGAAUUAAAAAAAACAUGAAGAAAAAGAACCAAUUACUUUCUUUAAGACAUUCAUACCACAUAUUUUGAAAUAUUGCACAUGUAUUAACAAUAUCCAUAGGGUUAAAUGUAACCGAUUUUAAAGAAUUAAAUGUAAUCGUAUGUCAAACAUUUCAGAAUUAUAUACAGAUUUUGUACACCAUUUAUGACAUUGUAUAAGAAUGUAUUUCUUAGGUCUUUCAUUAAUAUAACAAGACUCAGAACACCCGACCAUACUCAUGUUAUGUACAUAUGAUAUAGUAUAGGGUUAUUGUAUGAGUAUUUGUGAAAAAUGUCCCAAGUAGAUUUUUAUAUUGCAUGAGUUUGCAAGUACAAUAUUUAUUCUACCAGGGAUAUUAUUAUACCUUACACUAAGAUGUCGUUAAAUGAAUUUGGAUACCCUGCAUUUAUCAUGCUUAUCAUUAACAUAUUGUCAAAUCGCUGAAAGCCCCCUUCCUAAAUGAUUGAAAACUAUCAUUCUGCAUUAACAAUAAUAUCUUGGUGUAAAUUAGUUACACCCAUUUGGGCAAACGUGUAUCUAAUACUUACAAAAAUAAUGAACAAUUCUAUUAGGUAACACAUUAUCAUGUGACCAUGAAUAAUUCAGUUAAUUUUCAUUUGAAUAUAAGGAAGGAAGAAUAACCCUAAAACUUGACACCCAGCGAUGAAUAACCCUUUUAUUCAUUAGUGAAUAACCUUUUGAGCUUCUUGAUUUGUAUGCAAGUUAUCUCCCAUCAAAAUGAUGUCAUAGAUGUAUGUAAACAAAAUGGCAACAACGAAGUAAAAAUUCUAUCGAGUGACGAGGAAAGAGACUUGGAAAUUCUCACUAAGGGCACUUUUCAGGGCCAUCAUUAAUUUUCAGAAAGAGUCUACCUUUGUUGUACAAUAAAUUCUAAAACACAAAAUAAUUCUCUGGCGUAAGUAUUUUAACAAUCUGUUACUACAGUAAGGCACAUGCUUCUUUAACAUGUAUCUAAAUACCCUAUAUAACUGUUAGUUCGGUCUACAGUAAGGUACAUGCUUCUUUGACAUGUAUCUAAAUACCCUACAACUGUUAGUUCGGUACAAUAAAACAAUUGGGGCCCUUAGAAGCUGUGAAUAUCCAAAUUGUCAAACCUAAAAAUUAAUUUCACUUCGGGCUGUGUUAGGAUUGACAAUUUUAAAUAUCCACCUUUACUGUGGGCCAGUAUUGUAUCAUAAUAUUCACAAAUAUUCAUGCAAUAACCCUUUUAUUGUAUAUUAAAGCUUGAACAACUGUUUAAAACAUAUUUUUGUCACCAUAAUUUUAAUGUAUCCUUAAACAAUAUUUUAGAGUUAUCCAUACCAAAGGAUACAGUAUUUUGUAUGAUUUGUUGAUUUUGUACAUACAUUAACCAUCUUGUAGAAAUGGACAGGUGUUUUGAGUAUUGUAAUAUUACAUUAAACUUUGAUAGCUGAGUCAUUGUAUGCAUUAAUGAUGUAGUGAUAAAUACAUAAAUAAAAAACAUUGUAUAAACAAA